AUGGCGGCUGGCUCCUACCUCCUUUAUCAGCUGCUGCACUACGACGCCACGAAGCUCCAUGUGGUUGUGUUCUGCUUUGGAAGGGAUUUCGCAUACUUGUUUGACAAGAGGACACAAACGGUGACAAUAUACGAGGGUGAGAGUAAUAUUGGCGAUGUUAUGGUAAAUAAGGCCAGAAGUGGAAUGAAGGGGUGCAUCAUCAUCGAUAUGGCAAUACAUUUUCGAGAACCAUCGAAUGAUGUUGUGCCCUCCCCUGAGUGGGGCAUCAUUAUGUUGUCAUCCCCGAACGAAGAUAACUUCAAACAAUGGGCGAAGCAGGCGGGUGCUAUCAAAAUUAUCAUGAAUUGCCCCGAUGAAAACGACGUGAAGGCGAUGUGUGCGUGGAGGACGUGCAAUACGACUGAAGAGGAGCAGGUGGAGUAUUGGAGAAGGAUGUACAUGCGCAUGGAUGACGUCGGACCGAUUCCACGAUGCAUCUUUCAAUUCAAUGAGUAUAAGGACCGUGUGGAGGAAAUCAGGGACAUCCUGGCAGGUGUCGACGCUUCAAAUGCUGUACAUUAUGGGAUGAUGGGAGGCAUGGGAAUGUGGCCCUCGAAUGACGCUUCCCACAAACUUGUGAAAGUUGUCAGAGCAAUAAGACAACGCGGUCUUGAGGCGUUUGUGAACCUGCCGGUUUGUUUUCUUUUGUUUUUCUUUUUUGGAAAUAAAUUAAUUGCAAGGCUGCUCGAAGUGAGUGAGGAGAAUGACAUUAUUUAUCGACUAUUGAAGUACCGGAGAGUGUUAUUGCCGGAACUUUUGGGGCGGUGCACUCUGCACGCAUUCCUGCGUAGAGUCUUUGUGGAAAAUAUAAUGCCGGGCCUCAACGAGUUGCCUCCACCAGGACGUCGUCGGCGACAGAGAUGUGUGCUGCAAUCGAACCCCGAAAAGUAUCCAAGCAUAUCUGUUGGAUUAAUAACACUGGACCACACUGCUCCCAUGUUGCAUGUACAAUGCGGGGUGAUAUACGUACCGGAGAGCAGACAUUUUCCGUUUGUGGACGGCUUUUUCUUCGUUGGUGCACCGCGGAGGACGAUGGUUGCGGUGCAGGUGAGACGGCGAGGGCUGAGCAUGGCACCAGAACCAGCACGGUGA